CACGAGCGCUGCGUACUGCCCGGAGAAGCCGGAGCGAGGAUGAAGAGCUGCUGGGCGCUCGUGUUGCUGGUGGGAUGCAUGGCCUCCGCGGCCACUGCACAGUCUCAGCUGAACUUCAACGAGGCCGUUUCCCUGGCCGUUGACUUCUACAACCGAGGGCUGGCCGUGAACAACACCUUCCAGCUCCUCCGAACUGCCCCCAGCGGUGACGUGGUCUCCAGCCCGUCUGAGUUUCGGCGGCUGAAUUUCACCAUCAUGGAGACCACGUGUCCUGUUGGGAGCCAACCCACUCAAGAGCCGUGCCAGUUCAAAGAAAACGGGCUGGUCAGAGCAUGCGUGGGCUUCUUCUCCACCCAGCAAGUGGCUCCUCUCAUUGUGGUCACCUGUGAAGAGGCCCCCUCGGAGCCUGUCCGGGUCACCCGAUGGCUUUGGCUUCUGAGAGGAGGUCUAAAAGCGGCUGGCUGGGGCAUUCGGGCUCACCUCAACAGGAACCAGUAGGACCCCACUCUCUAGGGCAAACCUGGAUUUUGGUGCAAACAGCCCAGCCCUCACGGCGCUGCCCGUGGCACGUGGCUGGAAGCUGCAUCGACUGGCUGCUUGGGGGCACACGCCGUUCCCCACUGCUUCACUGCCUGCUUCCUUCAAGGACUGUCCCCUGGAGCUGCUCUGUCUAAUAAAAAAGCAAUUUUCAACCUGG